AUGUCAGGAUGUGGUAAAUCUCAAUGUUGUGGAGGUGGUGGUUGUGGAUCAAAGUCUAAUAAUCAACAACCGCAACAACAACAACAACAACAAGAAACAAAUAGUGAAAAAAAGAAUGUAAAUAUAGAACAAUUUAUAGCAAGUGAUUCAGUUGAAUUAAAAUAUGGUACUGAAGAUCAAAUGGUAACAUUUAAAGGUUGUCCAUCGAGUACUGGUCAAGUAGGUCAAGAAUCUGUAUGCCAGGGUUGUCCUGGUAAAGAUCUAUGUAGUUCACAACAGACUGAAAAUACAGAUAAGAAAGCAAUAGAUAUAAGAAUGAAAGUAAUCAAACAUAAACUAUUGGUGUUGUCUGGAAAAGGUGGUGUUGGAAAGAGUUCAGUAGCAUCGCUGCUCACCUAUAGUUUGGCAGCUAGAAAUAAAAAGGUGGCGUUGCUCGAUGUCGAUAUAUGUGGACCGUCUAUUCCAAAGUUGAUGGGAAUCGAAGGAUUGCCUGUUGUCAACUCUGAAGCUGGCUGGACACCGCUCAAACCACGAUCACCAGGUCAUCAGAAUAUAGCGGUGAUGUCGGUCGGUGCGCUACUGGCCAACUCGGACAACAGCAUCGUUUGGCGUGGUCCAAGAAAAACAAACAUUAUCAACCGAUUCCUUAAGGAUACGUUCUGGGGUAGACAAGAUUUCCUGGUGGUAGAUACACCGCCUGGCACCAGUGAUGAACAUCUCUCGGUGGUGGAAGCACUCAGCGGCAGUUGUAAGCCAGACGGUGCCAUCAUUGUCACAACACCACAGGAUCUCUCAGUGGAUACCGUCAAAAGAGAAAUCAACUUUUGUCUGAAAAUGGGUAUCAAAAUACUGGGAAUCGUUGAGAAUCUCUCUGGAUAUGCAUGUCCAUGCUGUGAAGAAAUAACAGAAAUCUUUAAAUCCGAAGGUGGAAUCAAACUUGCCAAUCAAUAUAACAUUCCAUUCCUAGGGAAAAUACCAAUAGAUACAAACUUAGGAUAUUGUGCAGAGAAUGGUAAAUGUUUAGUUUGUGACUUCCCAAAUUCAUCAUCCACCAAAUCAAUUUUAGAUAUUACAGAUAAACUAUUAUCAAUGUUAUCAUAA